AUGGAUCCUACUGACUCGAAUGGCAAUUGUCAAUUGAAUAUCACUUCACCGAUACCUUCUACACGUCAACGUUAUGGUUUAUACUUACCACCGCCUACUCCAUCGCCUGAAUUAACUCCUUUAACUAGUCCAAUAAUAACUAAUAGUUCAACACCUACUACAUUGGUCGAUUCUAAACAAAAUACUCUUACAAUAACGCAAGAAAGACGCGAAACACCUGAGGGCUUUGUACUGCCUUAUACUACAGAGAAUACUACAAGUCGAACAAACUCAUCAAGUGAAGCAGAGACGUCGUUUCUCUCACCUACUCCAAAUAAUAAAUCGUAUGUCUUAACAAAAACAUUAACAUCAGACAACAGUAUAAGAAAUGUCAAAUCAUCUAUUGACUUGAUGAAGGAUAUCAAUGAGGAGAAUUUAAUGUCACACAGAUCAAAAUGUUUUACUCCAGAGGUGCAUAUUUCACCACCUUUAGCCUCAUCCAGUGUAUCCAACUCAGUGAAAAAUAACUCCAUCAGUGGAACAUUAGAAUCUUCUAGUAAAAAUCCUGCAAAAUCAAUCACUGCUAGUGACUUUGAUACAGUUCAAGAAAAUCCUGAUGUUCUCAAAUGGGAUUAUGCUGGUGAUUUAGCCUCAAAUCGAUUAGAUAUUUCAAGAAUCAAUUCACAAUUGAAUAUUUCUUCUUCUUCCUGUUGUUCUUCUCGUCCAAUCAAUCUACCUAUUGAUUAUAUCGAUUAUGAUACAAGUGUUGCAUUGACAUGGCCAUCUUCUGGUGUUCACCUGUCACCGCCAUCAAGAUAUGGUUAUCUAUUACACAGAAAGUGUAAUUUCAAUAGAACAUUGAAUCAUAAUAAUUUGUGUAAUUAUUUUUUAAGAAAAAAUCGAUAUGGAAUAAAAAUUGAAACUGGCCUAUCGACAACUGCCCUAUCUGCUGGUGUAUUAAAUCAAGGUUCAUUUAUAUCAAGUCCAGAUCCUGAAGACGACGAAGCGGUGUACAAUUCAUUACCUUUACAUUCCGGUGAUAAUCCUCUUAGCGCAUAUAAAUAUCAUAAUCGUUAUCGCCAUGAUCACCAUGGUUAUCAAGGUCAGCAUCAUCACUACAGUCAAUCACCAAUCAAUUUUCACGACAUAUUAGAUGAUGAUUUAGAAAGUGAUGAAAACUCACAAAAACUUACCUCGAAAACAAGUAAUAGUAAUGACCACCUCCAGGAACAUCGGGAAGGAGAAGAAGAAGAUAAAGAAGGAACUGACGACAACGAUAACGAUGAUGAUAAGACGAAUGAUUGUGAUGAAAUGAAAUUCGAGCUACCCACAGAGUCUGUAUUCAACACCAACGAAAAUAACACAGUGAAUGUGACUUUAAAUCAAAUUUGUUUGAAUACCAGUGAAUCGGUGACAGAACUGCAAAAUUUCGCUAAUCGUAUUUUAAAGGCAACUGAAGCCGCAGAGGAACAACUUAGACAACGUAUCAAUCAUUUGUCCGCUGUAAUGGAUAAAACAAUUGUCAGCGAUAGUAAAUUCCAGGAGGAAAAGUCAAUAGAUAAACCACCUGAACCACGUGCUCGAACAUCAUUGGCAUGUCAGUCAAUUGGGUGUACUGAUGGUGCGCCGUAUCAAUCUCUCCGGAGGGAUGAUAAUAAACAAGAGGAUACCUUAAUCCUCCAACCUUCAACAAAAAUCAAUCAUACAAUUACAAACGAUACAAAUAAUGAAAUAUUGGAUAAUAACAAUGAAGAGGAUUUACAGAUUCUACAGUCGGUACUGCAGCAGCAACAACAACAGCGAGAAGAAGCAGGUGAGCAUCAAUCUGAGGAAGACCAACAGCAACAAGAACAACAACAACAAAAUGACUUGUCUUCAUUAUGGACAACAUCUAUAUCAGAUAGAACAGACGCCAGUGUUCCUUCCUUUGCGUAUAUAACUAACGAUGCUCACAUGAAAGACGUACAAAAACAACAACAACAACAACAAUCAUUGUUGAUACAGUCAACAGAUUUACCACGAUUACCACUUCUUGAUCAUAGUGAUGGUGAAACUGAAGAAACGGUAUCCUAUCUAACUCCUCCAGAAGAUGCACAACAUAUUCAAGAGGGUAUUCAAACACCUAGACAAGAUCCAGCGAAUUAUUCAGCUAUAACAACAAUAACUCCAAUGAAUGAGAAUCUUCAUUGUGAAACUGGCGGUUAUGUUGUUGGAGUGGAAAGUUGUCGAAGCAGUAUUAUUGUUGAUGGCAAUUUCGACAGGGAAGUAUUCGCAUAUCCUGUUUCUAAUGAAGCAGUUGGUCAUUCUCUAUUGAACUAUGCUGAAUUGCAAACAAUUAACACCGGUAUGCCAAUUUCACAGUCAAUAUUGCCUAUUGAUAAUUCUCAAAUAUUGAUUCCGUGUAGAGAGGGGAAAAUAAAUCAAAAUGAAAAUGUGUCAGCUACUGAAGAACAGCAUAAGAUUGAGUCUUCCGGUGAAAAUUCCAAUUUUCGUAGUAUUUGUAUAUCGACUAGCGGUAAUGCUGAUCAUUUGGCUGCUACAACAUUUCACAAUGUUCAACCCUUUCAAAAAAGUCUCCAAUCAUCUUCAUUCCCUACAAAUAAUGAAUCAGCAGUAGAGUUGUACGAGUAUAUACCUUCACGUUAUACUGGUUUAUCUACAUCCGAUGUCCAAUUGCUUCAUUUGGAUCAGAUCUGUCAAAGUCUACCAACUUGCAAUGCACUGCUUAAUUCUACUACAGAGACGACAAUAACAAUACGACCAGACACUAAUCAACUUUCAUUCAAUACUGCUGAACAAAAGCCUAUAAAUGAUUUGCCGAAACAAAGUCAAGUGAAUAGUAUAUCAGAAAAUAUGAUUGGAAGUGUAACUAAGAAAUCUGUUAUAGAUCCAUUUUGCUUGAAUUCAGAUGAAAGAAGUAGUCAGUCAAGUGUAGUACACCAUCAACGUCGUUAUCAACAUCAUGUCCAGCCAAAUUCUUAUAAUCAAACAAUGAAUUCUUUUCCCCCGCCAUCAAUUAUGAAUGCAAAAAGUCAAGAUGAUGAUAAUAAUGGCCAACCUGACAAUAAUCAUUUAACCAAUCAUGAGGCUUAUUCCUGUCGAAAUCAUAUUGAUGAUGGUUUUAGUUCAGUACUACUGACAAGUCCAGUCUCCGCUAAACGACCUCCAUUACCUGAAAGGCAAACAGUUGAAAAUGAUUUACAUGUCAGUAAAACUCUGUGUUAUUCUACUUUCACACUUAAUAAUGAAUUUACAAAUACUAAUACAGUGAAGAAAUCAAAUACGAAAAUGGUUCAAACUGGAGAUUUAUCUGUUGAAACUGCUGGUGUUGGUGGCGGUGAUGGGGGUGGUAGUACAUGUCCUGCAACCUACAGAUUAGAAUCUGAACACUGUGAACAUUUGAAGCAAGAAAGUAAUUCACGUGUUAAGUUGGAUGAAUUUCGUAAAAUGAAGGAGUAUGCUAAUGACGCUGAUCCAAGUAUCCCAGAGAAGUGUACAAAUUCAGGAGUCUUGCCUUCAGAAUAUACUCCUACUCCUCCCCCUCCUCAUCCUACUACUACUACUAGUACUACUCCACGAUCAACACUUGUCGCUCAAUUGAGAUAUUCACUGCUGAAACAAAAGCUUAAGCUGUUACGUGCUCGAGAUGCUUAUUAUUUACGCAGACGUAUAGUUGGUCAUCUUGAAAAAUUCCUCGAUCAAGCGAUUACAUCUGAUUCAUGUAUUUCAUUACCGAAUUCUAUACCAGAAGAUUGGGAUACUGAUACAGCUUCUGUAUUAUCAGAUUUAUUUGAUGAUAACGGCGGUAAUUUCAACAAAUCUUGUGUUCAUCACACUAUUCCUGAAUUCAAUCACUUCAAAAAUAGUCAUUCAGACAAUAUGAUAAAAAGUUCAGAAAGAAAAUCAACUAUAGAUAAAUGCGUUUUUUGUCCUGAUAAAAAACAUUCAACACAGGAAGAAAAUGUUCAAAGGAAAGAGAGUAAAUCUGCAAUGAAGAAAUCCUGCUUCAGUCAGGAUGAUUGUUGUCAAAGAGAUUUUACUGGAGAUUUAAAGGCAUGUACUCAAGAAGGUGAUAAUUCAGGCAAUAGGCAAGCAAAGUCAAACAGUUCACCUGUUGUACAUAAAAAAUUCCAAUGUGACAGAAAGACUACCACCACUACCACCACCACCCAGCAGUUCGCUGAUCUCAAAAAACGAGCAGAACAUCAAUUAGGCGAAAUGAUAAUGAAGUUGAAGACAAAUCAGUCUGAUGAUUCACCUUCACAAUCACAACAUUAUCCUGUCCAUGUAUGCACUGUGAAAACUGUCGAUCAAUACUUACUGUCUUAUGCUGAUCGUCAAUCCUCAAAAUAUACUCCUAUUGCACCGAAAUUGUUCGUGGCUGAAGCAUGUGCUGCAUCAGGUGGAAUUUCUUGGUUUCAACCGUUAAAUCAAAAUCGUUUUAACAAUAUUGAAAGCAGAUCAGCAAGGGAUAAACAACGAUCCAACAUAAAGUGUCUUUAUCGAGAGAUCCCCUGUCGUUUCGCCUCAUCUCUGAAUCGAUCGAUUGUCAAUAAUAAUGACCAGCUGGGAAGGAAAUCCAGUGUUGCUGCUAACUACUGUGUACACACUUCACAUAAUCAUGCACAUAAUCAUAAUGGUGGUGGAUUCUGUGAUGAUACUGAGUCGAAUGAUGAAUCAUCUACCGCGAAACAGAAGUCGUCUUCUAGUGAAGCGGAGGAGGCAGAGGUUGAAGAAGAUGAUAAUGAUGAAAAAGAAAAACCUGAAACACUCAAAUCAUCAUUAUUAACCAAUAUGAAAUGUUGCAAUCAACAUCAACAACAAGACACAGAAAGCUUUUCAUCUAAUAUCAUCACUGAUGGGGUCGACUUACACCCUGGACAAAAGAAUUCACCAAUAUCUAAAAGAAUAACCUAUGAAAUUGGUGAUAAUAUUUAUGGUGCUGAAAGCAUACAAACGCUUUUCAGAAAACGUAUGUCUGCAUGGAUAUCACGUAGUGAAGAACGACAGAAACGGUUACACUUAGCCUCAGCAGAACGACGUUAUCAAAAGGCGAUGGAUAUGGAACGUACACAACUCUUUCAUCCUACUUUAUCGGAUCAAUACAUGAGACGGCCGCUCAACUCACACUUGUCUAAAGUUAAUCCAUGUCAUUGUGGUGCUGAUUGUGGUGGUGUUGGUGAGGGUGGGGGUGGUGGUCGUUCAACUUGGCGAGAUAUCAGUAAUUGUUGUGUUCAUUGUUCACGAAAUUCGAAUAAUCAAACUGUACAGUCGAACAGAAGUAAUAAUGGCGGUGAUAGCCACUGUACAAAUCCUAUGAGCGCUAGAAGGGAUAUUCGACAGGCUUCAGUAAACCUUCCAAGUCAUAGAUCUACAGUCAGUUAUAAAUCAAACAGUGGAAGAAGAUCAGCACGAUCGGGAAAUGAAACCAGAUCAUAUAGAAAUUAUGUACAGAAUCAAGUCUACAUACAAGAAAGCAAACUGGCUCAAUUACGCGUUAAUCGAUUAAGAAUGAAAAUUUACGGUGAAAAAAUUCUACGUUCUGUACUUCAAAGACGCGGUCCAUGGUCGAUGACAUUCAAAGAGAUUUAAAAAAAAAUAAUGUACACUGAUAUAUGUGUGAAUAACUUUCAAGGCUUUACAUUUAUUGAUCCCUGUGUUUUUUCUUAUUCAACGGGUGGCCGGGGGGUGGUCGUGUGGAUAGUGCCCCAUGAGAUGAUGGCUUAAUAAGUCAUC